AUGAGUUCGACUCAUACUACCCAGUCGGCUAGUUCGGACGAUGAAGACGAAAUGGAGAUAGAUACGAACGCUGCAGUAAACCCUUCCAGCGCCGCUGCACACAAAAUCGCUCAAAACGAAGGGAGCUUAGCUGCUGUUUAUAGAGAUGCGACUGAUUGGCUGCAACACGUUAGAGCAUUGCGGGAAACCGAUGUUAUCAUACUUCUAACACCAGUAGUCGUCCCAAUCAGCCAGGACCCGACCGACAUAAGUGAUCCUUUCGAGCCAUUGGGACGCUCUUUAGCGAAAAGACACGCAAGGGUUCGUCAAGUACCUUAUACUAAAAGGAACGGUAUCACGUCUACACAUCUUGGAUUUAUUAAAAGGGGUCAUGUUAUAAUACUGUGUUUUGCCCUUCGCCCAGGAGAGCAGCUACCUCUCGAAUUCGCAGAUAUCACUUUUGCUGUCAGCGAUAACAAACCAUGUAUCAUCGUUGUAUGUUGUAAUCCAAUUGACGAGAACCAAAUCAUACCCUUUCCGACUGUUAUCCAGACUCUUGGAUAUUCGCCACCCGCCCUGGAAUCUACAGCAGCCUUAAUAUUUGGAGAGGGCCUGGGCUUUCCUCUAGGCCGUGCUUCAGAGCCACCCACAACUGACUCGCAGGCUCCGAGACUUUGGCAAGUAGAACAGUGGAAUGAAUCAAGAGAUAUAUCAAGUGUGGUAGGGCUAUGGAAUGAGGAUAUCAAUGGCAGGUUCGCUCUCGAUCAAGAUACUCUAGCGUCUUUACUCCGGCGCCCAGGUUACGCGAAGCAUUAUGUUGUUCGUGACACGAAAAGUGGAGUCAUACAUGGAUUUUGUGCAACAUAUCUGGCAUAUGUUGAUAAAGAAGGGGAGAAGCUCAUUGCUUCUCUUGCGGUACUUCUUGUCCGCUCUACGCACAGGCUACUUGGUAUCGGGCUUAGCUUGCACAGUCAUGCGGUAAGCCAGCUCAAGAGAACAAGAGGUGUAAUACGUUUACAGUUUGGAAGUACAUUUCCACGACUCUUAUAUGGUCCGCCACUUGGAAUGCAGUUUAACGAAGCUUGGUUUCGGAGACGAGGAUGGCAAUUUAACAAAGAAAGCCCAGGGCAGGGCCAGGUGAUAUACGACCUUAUCCUAGAUUUUUCGAACUGGAAAUACUCCGACAAUUCAUCAUCUGAAACCAUCUUCAAGUUAUGCACUCAGGAGGAUAUGAUGAAGGUCAUCGAGAUUGUUGAAGAAACAUCGGCAAAACAAGCUAAAAUGGGUUGGUUUGAUCAAUAUACAUCAAUGAUGAAUGGACCGAAUGUCAAGGAUAUUGUAUUAGCAGUGGCUGACAAUGUCGUGGUGGCCACGGCCCUUACUUACACCCCGUCGUGUGGAAGUCCAAUACCCUCGAAUUUACCAUGGGCGGGCCGCAUCGGCGACGAUGUGGGAGGUGUCACUUGUAUAUGCAUCAGCCCUCACCAAAACGAUAACAUCAUGGGCGGUUUGCUGAAUGCAUGCGUCAAAAUGUUGCACGACCAAGGGAUGACUCGGAUGUUUAUAGAUGGCGUGGCAGGUGAAGUGGACUCUUUGAAGAGACUAGGGUUUGAAGAGUGGGCGCAAUAUAGGGAUGUCUGGAAGGACGUCUGA